AUGGAAAGGCACAUUGAAUGUGGCAGUAGCGGGGCCUCUACGCCACAUUCAAUCGUAAUCGGUGCAGCAAAACGACCCAGAAUUUCAUCUUCGUCACCCCAUCGCCCAAGGCAGCCUCUUAGGGAUAAUGAUAUAAGCACAAUACUAAACUAUGGCAGUGAAGAGGACUCCGAGGACGAUGGGGAGAACGAUGAUUUUACCACAUCGCCAAUGGUGCCUAGAGCUGCACGAUUUUAUUUUCAAGAGGAAGACGACGAUGUGGUUAAAACUGAUGCGAUACCAUCGAUUCAAUGGCCACCUCAGUCGCAGCAGCCGCAGCAGUUCGAGGCCGUACUACCAAUUUUUAAUAUCCCCGAUCCCAAACCCACAACCAAUCCUGAGCCCACAACCGAUUCCGAACCCAUAACCGAGCCGGAACCCACAACUGAGUUACAACCGUCAUCAAAAUUUGUGUUCAAUUGGAGAGCGUUCUCGCAACCUCAAAUUCCACCUGAGUUGAGAAGAGAACCUUUCUCCGACAUACUCUGGACAGAUCUUUGCUCGCUCAUCAAGUAA